UUUCCCAAGUUUUUUUUAAUUAUUUCUUUGUUCAAAUCGCCCCCUUUUUUGCUGGUAUAUAAAGGGUUAGUUAGGUGAUGAAAAUUUUCAAGACAAAAACUUAGUUGCCAAUUAGGAACAAGUGCAACCAAACCCACAAUUAGUCAUAGACCAUCAAUUGAUUGUCCGAUCAAGAAUCCUAGAUGGAAUCUUCUUUGUUUUACCAUGAUCAAUACCUAAAUUCUGAUUUCUCCCCUGAAUGUUCUUUUGGUUCUUUAGAUUCAUUUUCAUGGGAUGAACUUCUUUUCCAGAGCAACUCACUUCCUUUUAACACUAAUGACUCGGAGGAAAUGGUCCUUUUUAAUGCUUUAGCCAAUGGAGCGCCCAAGGAAUCCUCAGAAUCUAAUUCCUCAAGUGGAAUUAAGGAAGAGGAAGUGACUUCAAAUGCGAAAGAAGAGGAGGAGGCUAAGAGAGAGAAAUCUUACAGAGGGGUUAGAAGGCGGCCAUGGGGGAAGUAUGCUGCAGAGAUAAGGGAUUCUACAAGGAAUGGCAUCAGGGUUUGGCUAGGGACCUUUGAUAGUGCAGAGGCAGCUGCUUUGGCAUAUGAUCAAGCAGCAUUUUCCAUGCGGGGUUCGAUGGCUGUUCUCAAUUUUCCUGUGGAGAUGGUGAGAGAGUCACUUCAAGACAUGAAUUAUAGAUGUGAAGAUGGGUGCUCGCCUGUGCUGGCACUGAAGAGGAAACACUCCAUGAGAAGAAAAUCAAAGAGUUGGAAAACUAAAGUAAAUCAAGUACCUCAUAGUAGGCCACAAAAUGUGGUGGUUUUGGAGGAUUUGGGAGCUGACUACCUGGAAGAGCUUCUGAAUUCAUGUGACAGUUCUAAUUCUUGGUGAAUUCAGACCGUUAGCAUCUCCUUAAUUCCUUUAUUUGUCAAUAAUUGUCUUCUUUUCAGACCUUUGGUUUUUUUUUUUUCCAAAGUUGAGGAGAGGGGUAUGUCGUGGCAUGAGUUUUUUUUAUCCCUUCUUGUUAAUCCUAAUUUUGAAACACCACGUAAAGUUUGUUUCUUUUUCAUUUACUAGAAGGUCGAUUGAGCCAUGGGCCUGCAUAGUGGAUAUAAUACUCAUCUCUCUUUAUCUACUUUAUUUCUAGUGUAAGCAA